GCCACGGGCCCGCUCAUGGAUAAGUCCGAACAAAGAUUCAAUCACCAGAUCAGGCGCCUUCAACAGCAAGUGCAUCAUUUGGACAAGCGGCUGGCUGCGACUGAACAGCGCGCUGCUGCUAUCGAGGAGAGGCUCUCUCACGCGGGGAAGGAACUCGACCUCGCGAGGGCCAGGCCGCGCGACGCGCCGAUCAUCUCGAGCGAUCGGGACAGGGUCGUCGACCACACGAUCAUGCUUAUCCGCGCUCCCGAACUGGUUCCGAAGAGCACUGCGGCCCCCUCGAUCACCGAGUGGCUGGAGGUAUCCAACUUUCAGCUGGGGUCCGAAGUCGUGCUCAUCGGCGAUGAGAUCAGCAAGCAGUUCGCUGUCCUCUUCCAGGCGCAUAUAGCCCUGCGCAUUGGUUCGGGCAGGUGGCGGCAAUUUGCUGCCGACCUGCCAGCAAAAACGGCCCCGCUCUGCGCUUCGGUCGGCAAGAACCGCAAGGAGAUCGCGACGGAGAUGACCUGCAAGAAACUCCAGCGGGCUCUCCUCGACGCGCGCGGCAUCGACACCUUCGUGGGCCGCGAGGGCUGGCAGCUCCUGGCCAAGUGGGGGCCGCUGGCGAAGAUCACCCCUUCCCCCCCCUCGUGUUCCACGGGCGACAUCGGCCUGGGCAGGGGUGCGGCGCAGGAGCUGGCCAGGAAUGCCUUCAACGAUGGCGAGAUCCAGUGGUCUGGGCAACGC